CGUACUUCCGGGUUCGGCCAGAAGCGCAGCCAUUGUCCCGCGCGCGGACGUUUUUUGUCACCGCGCACCUCGGCCCUUCGGAGGUUAAGCCCAGUGGCCCUGCGGAUGCCGACUAGGGGAGGGGACAGAAGUAGCUUAACCCGAGUCUGUCGUGUGCAGCAUCAGGGCAGAGAGUUGCUUAACCGAGCUCGUCUUGCCGUAGAGCCGUGCUGGGCACUGAGGCUGGGACAGGCCCUGCCUGGUCCUCGACCCGGUGGACGCCCAGUUUCUUGUUUUAGGAGAGGCAGCGCUACUUCAGCGACCCCCCCUGCCCCCCCCGACCCCCGCCGUGAGACUGGCUGAUGGAAUGCAGACUCCUAGCUUGACGGAGAGACCAGAGCCUAGAGGCAGGUUCUAAGCAGAGGGCUUCCUACACAUGUUGGAGAUGUCUGAAUGGAAAGCAGGAACUUGGACCAGUGAUCCUGGGACCCACGUUGGAUAGCGCAGAGUCCUAGGACAUUCAAGUUUGCUGAAGACACUGGGUGGCAGCUCGGGACCUCAGGCCCCUGCCCGUGCCUGGAGGAGAGCAUGGAAGAGCGGGAUGAGAAGCCCCCGGGACCCCUGAAGGCCAGCGCGCAGGACUGUCUCCUUCCUCAGGAGAUUAUCGUCAAGGUCGAGAGAGACGAUGCCGGGUCACUGGCCGUUGCAUCCCAGGAAGGAGUGAACUUCCAUAGAGUGACUGUGGACUUCACUCAGGAGGAAGAACGCACUUUGAACCCUGCCCGGAGGACCCUGGACAGAGAUGUGAUUCUGGAGAACCGCAGGCAUCUAGUCUCCUGGGAGUCGGCAACUGCACUUGGAAGAAGAGAAUCAACAUCAAAGCAGAGCAUUUUUGGUGAUGAACCAUCCCACAGAGUGAAGAUAGAAAGGUUGACAAGAGAUGAUCCUUGGUUAUCUUCAUGUGAAGAAGUUCAGGAUUGUAAGGAGCUUUUGGAGAAGCAACAGGAAAAACAAGAGAGACUUCUGAAGGAAGUGACAUUCACUCACAGAACAGCUAUUAGUCAUGAGAGAGCCUGCAAAAGUGAUGACCUUGAGGAGAAGCAUGGUCCAAAUAACAGUCUUCUUUCACCACAGAUGAUACCCAUAAGAAACCAUUUUCAUAAACAUGCUUCACAUGUUAAAAAAUUGCAUUAUAAUUCUAUGGUAAACACUCACCAGAUGAUUAAUGAUAGUGAGAAACUCUGUGAAAAUAAAGAAUGUGGAAACCUCCCCCAGAGCAUUCAUUUUUUUCAGUUUACAAAAGCGCAAACAGAAGAUAAAUCCUAUGGAUUUAGUGACAGUAUUCAACACUUUAGCCAUGAUAAACCCCUAAAUCUACAUGAGAAAAUACAUGCACAAGGAAAAUCCUUUGAUUUUAAGGAACAUGGGCAAGUUUUGAACCACAGCAUAUCCCAUAAUGAACAACAGAGAAUCCCUGUUGAAGAGAGUCAGUAUAAAUGUAAUAAAACCUCCCAGAGUUCAUCCCUUGCUCAAAACAUGAGAAAUCAUUCUGAAGAGAAACCCUUUGAAUGUAAUCAGUGUGGAAAAUCCUUCAGCUGGAGCUCUCAUCUUGUUGCACAUCAGAGAACUCACACAGGGGAGAAACCUUAUGAAUGUAACGAGUGUGGGAAAUCAUUCAGCCGCAGCUCUCACCUCGUUUCCCAUCAGAGAACUCAUACUGGAGAGAAACCUUAUAGAUGCAAUCAGUGUGGGAAAUCCUUUAGCCAGAGCUAUGUCCUUGUUGUGCAUCAGAGAACUCAUACUGGAGAGAAGCCUUAUGAAUGCAGUCAGUGUGGAAAGUCAUUCAGGCAGAGCUACAAACUUAUUGCACAUCAAAGAACUCAUACUGGAGAGAAGCCCUACGAAUGUAAUCAAUGUGGGAAAUCAUUUAUCCAGAGCUAUAAGCUUAUUGCCCAUCAAAGAAUUCAUACUGGAGAAAAGCCCUAUGAAUGCAAUCAAUGUGGAAAGUCCUUUAGUCAAAGUUACAAACUUGUCGCGCAUCAGAGGAGUCACACAGGAGAAAAACCCUUUGAAUGUAAUCAGUGUGGAAAAUCCUUCAGCUGGAGUUCUCAACUGGUUGCACACCAAAGAACUCAUACUGGAGAGAAACCCUACGAAUGUAAUGAGUGUGGGAAAUCUUUCAACCGCAGUUCUCACCUUGUUAUGCAUCAGAGAACUCAUACUGGAGAAAAACCCUAUGAAUGUAAUCAGUGUGGGAAGUCCUUCAGCCAGAGUUAUGUUCUUGUUGUACAUCAGAGAACUCAUACUGGAGAAAAGCCCUAUGAGUGCAGUCAGUGUGGGAAAUCCUUCAGGCAGAGUUCAUGCCUUACUCAACAUCAGAGAACUCAUACUGGAGAGAAACCCUAUGAAUGUAACCAAUGUGGAAAAACAUUCAGCUUGAGUGCUCGGCUUAUUGUACAUCAAAGAACACAUACUGGAGAGAAACCCUUUACAUGUAAUCAGUGUGGGAAAGCUUUUAUUAAUAGUUCUAAACUUAUUAGGCAUCGGGCAACUCAUAUUGAAGAGAAACCCUAUGAAUGUAACUAGUUUGGAAAUCUUUCAGCCAGAGUAUAUCCCUCCCUCCUUCCCUCCUUCUCUCCCUCCCUCCCUGCUUCCCUUCCUCCCUCCCUUCAGCCCCUCAUUUCCUCCUUCCCUCCUUCCAUUCCUCCAGGAUUACAUGUAUUGGAAAGAACUACUAUGAAAACAAUGUGUCUGGAAAAAGCUUUCAGUUAGCUCUCUGUUAUUGUGUAUCUGGAAAUUUGUUCUGGGGAAGAAACAGAGAAAAACUAUCACAUAUUUUACUUAACAGUUCCAUGUUAAAAAAUCAAACUUGGCCCUUAUAACACAUUCCCACAAAAGUAAUAACUACUGGCGCUUUUCCUUGCAGAAAGCACUUCGACCUGACUUUGAGAGAAUUACCAUUAAAUGGGCAAUAUGCUGUGGAGUGAUUGCCAGUGAGGUGGACCUCUUUUCCAAUAAAGAAUAAAUGAGAAUGCUGAUACCAGUGGGCUUGUUGUUGAGAAGGUUGGAAAAUUGCUGUAGUUAUUAGAACUUCGACUGGAAAAUGGCAUUUCAGUGUAUCAUUUUCCAACAUGAUUUCCCUAGCAGCUACUUAGUAAUCAGUUUCAUACAGCACUUUCUCUUAUAUGUGAAGAUUUUGUAAAAAUUAGGGAAAUGGCUAUGAUAUGAACUGAAAAAUGCAGGGCAAGAGUAUAGAACAUUCAUUUCUAGAACCAUCAUGAUAAGAUAUUUGUGUUUGGAUCAGGGUCUAAAGGGAUUCUAGGUGUAUCUGUUUUAAUUUUAGGUUUAUGCCUGUUUUUUUUGUGUGUAUGCUUUUUUAUAAUACUAACAAAUGAUAUGAGUAAUAGUCAAAAAAGUACAAACAUUUCCAUCUCUUUGACCAUUUAGGAAAGACCUGACAGUCAGAUAGCAAAGAUCUCUCAGGGUUCUGAGAGUUCCAUUUGGAUUAGUAUGAACAGGUUACUCCUUAGGACUUAGAUUCCCAGGAAUGUUCCUCAUUGAGAAUAAAAUAUUUCUCUGUGAAUGUGGAACUGGAAAUUUAAGCCAGAGGGACUGAGAAUGCAUGGGCAGUAUGGAGGGCAUAUGGGCUUUUUUUUUUUUUUUUUAACCCAUAUAUCAAAAGCAGUAUAAAGGAGCUUUAUUUUUAAGGUGUUUUUUUUUUUUUUUCUCCCCUCAUGUAGUAUUGUCUUUUUUUCCUCUGGGAUAUGUUCCCUAAUGUGAGAAUCCUCUGAGUGGGAAGGUAUUGCCCUGGCUAAGUGCUUGCCAUCUAAAUUAAGCACACAAGAAUGCUUUUAGUGAGGUAAUAUUUGUAGCUUCUCAUUGGUUUUUUAGAUUUGGUUCACAAGUCUUUCUGGCCUUUGCCCCUUAUCAUGAAUUCUAAUUCUGUGGAUUGUCAUGGACCUGAAACCUCUGAUCCCAGAGAGUUAUUGAAAAAUAGGCUGAGAGUUGAACUGAGAGACCAGAGAAUAGAGGUAAAUUCCCUGGAGAAAGAAAAAAAAAAAAAAAAACUAAAGUGAUAUCUAAUAGGGGUUACCCUUAGUAAAUUCUGUCCCCAGGAUAUGACCCUAAGUGGAUUCAUCUUUAUGAGGGUUAAGCCAGAGAGUGCAGCACACCUCACAGUGACUGAAGUUCUGGGGGAACAGUUGUUGACGGCUGGAAAACUGGCUGCCCACCCCAGGAGAAUCUUCAGUCAAUCCAUGAAUGCACAGAUAGAGGAAGAGAAGGGGUUCUCUGUGCACUGCCUUUGGGGGAGGACAUAAAAUUGUGAAAAUGCUAAUUUGGUAGUGGGACAUGGUUAGGCUUCUUUUCCCCAAAAUUAUAGAUAAAACCAAUACCAGUGCUAGGUACAAGUGGAUGAUUUUCACUGGGCAUGUUGAAUCUUACUUUGAAGACAGGAGACAGGAGACAGGAUUGUACAAAUGAGUUUAAAGCCAACUGGGCUAAGAAGGAAGCCUGUGAAGAUUUCAAGUUUGGGAAGGGGUUUAUCUCAAAGUAAUCUUUUUAGUGUUAAAAAUAUUUCAUUGAAAAUGAAAUUGAUAAAACUGCAAAGAAUUUUGAAGUGAGUAUAUAUGUGAUUGUGUGUUUAUUGGCCAGGUUGAAUAUGAGUCAUCUGUGUGCACUAAGUCAUAAGUAUUACAUCAGUUCCUAGGUGGUGAAUUAUGGUUGCCAAGUGUUUUGAAAUAGGGUAGAUCCACUAAAUAAACAAAAAUGUUAAUUUCAUUAUUUGCUCAGUAAUUUCCCUCUGUAGGAAAGGUAUUCUUUUAAAAAAUGGUCGACCAAUAAUAAAGAAAAGUUAAAGUGACAGUGUGCUAAAAAUACAUAAUUAAACCUCUGAACCUAAAAUUUAGGUUUAAAAGGGGGAAUCAGUAACUUGAUUUUAAUGACAUAUGUAUGACACAUAUAUAACCACAUAUGUCCCCUGCAUAAAAAUUUUUGUGUAAAAUUCACAAAGUAAAAUUGUACUUUGCCAUAGCAAAAUGUAUAGAGAUUUGACAGGCCAAAUUUCUUUCGCCAUAUUCCAGUAAAAUUAGAAAUAAGUGAAAGGUGACCAAAGCGUUUUAAAAUACAUGGAUGUUAAGGAAUACUCUCUCUCCUAGAACUAAUUUUUUAAAACGUUUUUAUAGUUUUAUCGAGAUAUAAUUGACAUGUUUAACAUGUACAGCAUAAUGACUUGACUUACAAAUAUUGUGAAAUGGGGACUUCCCUGGCCGUCCAGUGGUUAGGACUCCACACUGUCACUGCCGGGGCCGUGGGUUCAAUCCCUGGUCAGGGAUUAAGAUCCCACAAGCACAGCCAAAAAUAUAUGUAUAUUGUGAAAUGAUUACCACAAUGAGUUAACAUCCAUCAUCUCAUAUAGAUACUAAAAGAAGAAAAAGAAAAAAAGUGGUUUUUUUUUUUCCUGUGGAGAGAAAUCUUAGGAUUUGCUCUCUUAGCAGCUUUAAAAUGUACCAUUCAGCAGCGUUAACUGUAAUCAUCAUGUUUCCUCCCACACUCCUGCUUAGUCUUCAGUACUUUUGUACUUUGUCCACCUUAUUUUAUGGUUUGAUGUUUCAGCUUACUCCUAGGCCUGACAAAGAUAAACGUGCUUUUAAUGUUUUUGUUUGUUUGUUUUUAUUGUUUUUAUAAAUUUAUUUAUUUAUUUA